AUGCUAAAAAGAUAUCUACUAAAAUUCAAGCAGAUAGAGCAGGGAACAGCGCGAUAUACGAUAGUAAGACACUUUCAUUCGUCCACCAUCAAAUGUCAACUCAGCGGUGACGCGACCAUUCCAAUUUCACCGGAUGAAUACGUAACAACCAUCGUCCCAAAAAAGCUCCAUCCUGGUCUAGAGGCUAUCUUAGUCAAUGCUAAUAAACCCAUCCAACUCCGUGAUUAUCAAGAAAAGGCAGUAAAGGUAGUUUUAGAAAAGCUUGCUAGUGGUGUGAGAAAACCGGCAGUUGUAAUCGCUACUGGUGGUGGUAAGACUGUAAUAUUUUCCCACUUGAUUCCUUACUUGAAGCCGCUUUGCAAUGAAAGAGGUAACAAGGUACUUGUACUUGCUCAUACCGAAGAGUUGAUUGACCAAGCAGCUAAGCAAAUACGUUUAAUGAACCCAGGAUUGAAGGUGGAUGUGGAAAUGCGUAAAUUAAGAACUUCCCCAGAUGCUGAUGUGGUGGUUGCAUCAGUGCCAUCUUUAGUCAACAGAAGGAGAUUUGAAAAGUUUGAUCCAAUGGAAUUCAAGAGUAUUAUUAUCGACGAGUGUCACCACGCACCAGCAAUAACUUAUAGAAAAGUCUUGAACCAUUUUAAUGCGUUGGAAUCAGAUCUGACCAUCAGUGUGAUUGGAUUUACUGCCACUCUCAUGCGACACGACAAACAAUCUUUGGGUCAUAUUUUUGAUGAAGUUGUUUAUGAAAGGUCAUUAAGAAGCAUGAUUCGAAGUAAAGAAUUAGCUGAUGCAAAAAUUAGUGAGGUGAAAGUGGAAUUGAAUCUAGGUCAGGUUAAAACAGUCAAAAAUGAGUACGACCCAGCAAGUUUGUAUACAGCUAUGAAAGAUAUAGAUUUCAAUGAGAAGAUAAUUUUAGCCUAUUUACGAUUGAAAGAGGAUGUGGAUUGCAAAAGCACAUUGAUAUUUUGCGUUGGAGUUGAGCAUUGUUUUGAUGUUUGUGCUUUAUUCCAGAACAAUGGGAUCAACGCACAAUAUGUAACAGGUGAAACCUCCAAAGUUGAAAGAGCAGCCAUAAUUGAGGACUUCAAACUGGGUCAAAUCCCAGUACUUUGUAAUGUUCAAGUCUUUACAGAAGGGACUGAUAUGCCGAAUAUUGAUUCACUUAUAUUAGCAAGGCCGACCAUGUCGAAAUCGUUGAUGAUACAAAUGAUUGGGAGAGGUUUGAGAUUGCACAAGAACAAAACACAUUGCCAUAUUGUAGAUAUGGUUGAAUUGACCAGACAGGGGAUAGAUAUUAAACCAACAUUAGAGGGAGAGAAAUUAGUAAACUCAAGAAAGAAGAAGUUGGAACGGGACGACGAGUUGGACCAGGUUGUACCAUCACCACAUGCACAAUUGACUAACAAGGACAGAGAGAUUGCCAUUGCAAGGAUACUAGAGUACCACAAGAAGGAGGUUUUGACUCUUGACAAACGUCCUCUGAUGGAUCAAACUCCAGUAAUUUGGUUUCAAGACAGGCAAAUAGUAGACAAAGUAAUGCUUAGGAAUAAGUAUCCAUGGACAAUGAUCGAAGCAAGCAAAACUUGGGGGUUGCCUGGUUUAUAUGACUCUUAUUUCAUCUUGAAGCGCACAAAGUUAAGAGGACAGAAAGUUUUUGAAUUACUGCACCACAGUUUUCUGAAUAAGUUGGGGAGUGUUAUUUGUAGAAGUGCAAACCUACUCGAAGUCUUUGCCAAAUUGAAAACAAAAUACAGUGAUCAUCUAGAUUAUGCAGAGAAGCGUAACACUUUUGCUCGGAAAGCAACACCUAAGCAAGUUGCUUGGAUAAUGGCAAUGUUAGAUUACAGAAUUGGUUUUCAUAUGCAGAGGAAGAAAGUCAACAUACCGAAAGAAGAGUUCAAGGAAUACAUUGCUGAUGUGUUGAAGAAAGAAAAACAAGCAAUCAUCUGCAAGUUCAUCUUUGCAUUGCGACUCGGCGAUAAUGAUUAUGAAAAGAUGAAAUGUGCACAAAUUGUUAACAAUGCUAUAAAAAGAAAGAAUGAAAGUGUAUAG